AUGUCCACCGUCACCGAGACCAAGCAGCGCAACUUUGCGACUCGCUUUGAGACCAAGGACCUUGUGACUUUCGACAAAGAUACCAUCUAUGGCGACUGGCGGGAUGAGUUCCACAAGAACGGUUGCGUGUUGAUCAAGGGUGUCAUCUCGCCUGAGCGCGCUCAGUACUACUGCGACAAGCAAAUUGAGUGGUUGAAGAAGUUCGAACUUGGAUUUGAUGAGAAGGACCCCAACACCUGGACCGCCGAGCAUUUGCCCGUCAGCUUCAAAGGUGGCAUGUACUUUGGCUAUGGCUCCAACCACGAGAAGAUGGCCUGGGAAGCCCGCACCGAGCCCAAGGUGGUUGAAAUCUUCGAGAAGCUCUGGGGCACCAAGGAGCUGAUCAGUUCCUUUGAUGGAAUGAACAUCUCCAUGCCCAACCGCAAGGACCUGACCUGGAGCCCUUGGCCACACUGCGAUCAGAACCCCAAGCGCAAGGGUAUGCAAGCAGUCCAGGGUCUCCUGAACUACGCGCCCAACGGUCCCAAGGACGGCGGUCUGAUGCUCAUGAAGGGCUCCGCCAACCUCUUCAACGAGUUCUUCGAGCAGAAGCGCGAGUCCGCCGACCACGAGGAUGCCCCUCCUCCCGAGCUGGAAAUGAUGGAUCUGUUCCUCUUCAGCGAAAAGGACAAGAAGUGGUUCGAGGACCGUGGCUGCGAGAUGAUCAAGGUGAACAUGGACCCUGGCGACUUUGUUCUCUGGGAUUCCCGCACCAUGCAUUAUGCUUGCUUGCCCGAGGGUGACCAGAUUCGCCAUGUCCAGUACAUCUGCAUGACUCCUCGGAAAUUCGCUGAUGACGAGGCCCUGGAGGCUAAGAAGUACUGCUUUGAGAACUGGCUGGGUACCACGCACUGGCCUCACUGUAAUAUCCGUGUGGCCGAGGACAAGCCUAUGCGGGAUGGAAAGAUCUGCCCCAAGUACAGGAAUGAGCCUUUUGAGAAGCCCGAGCUCACUGAUAAAGUCCUUCAACUUGCUGGUGUCAAGCCCUAUUAA